GGUACCGUACUCUUUGUCCAUCCCUCCCCAGCGCGCAUUUUUUCUCAGUAAACGGUCGAUCAUCAGCUCAGCUUAAAGGCUAUAGAAGAUAGUCCACUCCAUUGAUCUCAAUGCAACUCUGAGAGCGGCUGAGAACUGAAUUCAGAGAGAAGUUAGGGCAAAAAAAAAUGAAAUUGGCACCGCGAGAAAUCGAAAAAUUGAUGCUCCACAAUGCAGGGCAUCUCGCGCAGAAACGCCUUGCUCGCGGCCUACUCCUCAAUUACACUGAAGCUGUUGCUCUCAUAGCCACCCAGUGUAAUAACUUGCUUAAGACAACCACAUUGAUCUUUAGUCAUGUUACUGACCUCGAAAAUGGGUUUGAGGAGUAAGUUUUAUAAGAGACUGAAGUUUGCUGGAAUUUUAGUCGGAGGAAUCGUAACGCUGCAAAGUAGCGUUAUUGAAGAUGGUAUACAAAUGUGAAUAACUGACUUGAUAGAUU